GUGAUAUUCAAAGUUAUGAUUUUUUACCCCCACAGGGUUGGYCCACUUCAUGGUGGCAUAGAAUACAAUAUGGAAGCCCAUAAGAGUGGUUUUAUUAUCAAUGCAGUGWCUGGUAAAAAAGGUCACUUUCAAGCUUUUAAACUGGGAGAGAUUCAAAUCAUAGUCACAGAUGGGCAUGACAACCCAUUGCCUGAUGUACUGUUAUCACUCAGUGCUGGACAGUUUCGUAGUAACAACCUCACGCAAGAUGAUGGUGUGAUUAUAUUUCAAAGUCUGGGUCCUGGAGARUACUUUUUCAGGCCAAUGUUAAAAGAAUAUACCUUCGAGCCUGCAACACAAAUGAUAAAAGUGGAAGAAGGAGCUUCUGUGCAAGUAAAAGUCAAAGGAAAAAGGGUUGCUUUCAGCUGUUAUGGUACAUUGGCAUCUCUGAGUGGUUUGCCAGAAAAGGACAUUGCAUUGGAGGCUGUUGGUCUUAAAAGUUGUGAAGGAAUGCAAGAAGAAACAAGGUCUGAUAAAGAUGGUACAUUUAGACUGAGAGGCUUGCAGCCUGGUUGUCCGUAUCGUGUUCGUGUAAAGACUGGAGAAAGUAAUCCUGCUAUAGAAAGGUCAUCACCAAGUCACACUGAUAUACAGGUUACCAAUGGUGAUAUAACAAAUGUCAACAUUAUAGCAUUUCGUAAACUUAAUCAGUUUGAUAUUACUGGUACUGUGAACACAGAUCAACAACAUUUAAAUACACUUAAGGUUCUGCUCUUCAAAGAAAGUAAUCUAGACUCAGCUGUUUUAACAACAACUGUUGGAAUUGCAAGUUAUUUCCAAUUUCCUCCAGUUCCUAAUGAUGGCCAAGUCUACAUUAUUCGUCUAGNACAGUAUUUGACGCUUGACUUGCCAGAAUCAAGUACAUGUAUAACAGCUACAGGGGUCAGAAGUCAUGUAGCACUGAAGUUUGAUCCUCAAAAUUCCCAAGGUUCUUUGCUAGCUCUUCCUGUUUUAGUAGUAUUGGUAAUAAUGGCCAUGAACUAUGAUAAGGGCCAUCACGGACUCCACAAAAUGGCCGGUCGUCCAGCGAUGACCCUGGCAAACAUUGAACUAAGGCGCUUUGUGAUUGGCUGA